UGAAGGAACAUCCGCACGUCGUAGUACGGGUAUGUUGUACACAUAGCGAAAGGAGACCUUUCGAAUUCUUUUCCUUUUUUUUUUCUUUUUUUUUUUUUUAUUUGCCCAAGAAAAAAUGGGAAUAGUUGAAAAGGUACAGCCUGAGAAAAGGUUGAAAGAAGAAAAGAAUCAUCAAACAUAUAGUACUAUCUUGAGCCAUGAACUCUCUUGGAAGAAGAAAGUCAUGACCAAACAAACUAAUACCAUAAUUAAACCUGCCCUUAUUGAAGAAAAAAUCCAUAGUAAAAGAGCAGCCUGGUGCACAAAGUAUCCCGCGCUAGCAGGUGGUGAAAUUAAUUAAUCAUCUGAUAUGAGAGUUAUGUUAAAGAGAUGAUGACAGAAGAAGGAUCAUCAAAUUACAGGAGGUGCCAAGACUGUGGAAAUCAAGCAAAGAAAGAUUGUCCAUAUUUAAGAUGCCGAACUUGCUGUAAAAGCCGAGGGUAUCAGUGUCAAACUCAUGUCAAAAGCACUUGGAUCCCUCUCUCUGCAAGGCGUCCAAGGCACCAUCAGAUUUCCAGUACUAUUCAACAACAGCAACCAAACCCUAAAAGAUACAGAGAAAAUCAAAAUCCUCCUGCACUAUUAGCAGGUGGAGAAGAAGAAGAACUUCCAGCAGAAGUGAGUUUACCGGCAGUAUUUCGGUGUGUCCGGGUAAGUUCAGUAGACAAUGUGGGGGAUCAAUAUGCCUAUCAGACUUCAGUGAACAUAGCAGGACAUGCUUUUAAAGGGAUACUAUAUGAUCAAGGCCUUGAUCAAAGUCAUUACAACAACAUGGCUAACGAAAGUUCCUCAAGUGGUUUACAUCACCAGCAAGUUACAACAAAUUUAAUACCACCCUCAACUUCUUACCCUAGUCCUUUUAGUAAUUUCAUGCCUGGUACGCAAUUUUUCCAAUACCAAAAAUCAUCCUGAAACAAAGAUUUCCGCUAGUCUAUGUUGCUCGAAUUCUUCAAAAAUGUCGUCAGGUAUAUUUAAUCCUCCAAAAGUAUUAAUUUUGAAGGUGACACGAGUAGGAUUCGAGCAACAUAUUGCUAGCUAAUUCUUAUAUCUCUAGAUAUCUUGUUAUGUGCAUUGCAAGUGUUAAAAGUAAAAUAAUACACA